GUGUGUUGGUGCGUACGAGCGUGUACACAACAUAUAGUUACACAGUAGGUAUAUAUAUGUGUAGUUAGAUGGAAACUAUAAAUACACUACUUGGUUAGAGAGGAUGAAGUGCCUUCGAUAUUUCUGCAUGAAAUUAUACAAUGCCCACGGACAUUUAUCUCUCACUAUCAUUUAGUGGUGGCAUAUAUUUAAACGGUACGCAGAUGUAUAUAGUCAAGAUAGAUACAGUGAUUUCCUAAUUAAGUAGCAAUAUCUUAGUUCAUCUGUUUACCUAAAAAAAAAUAUUAUCUGUGUAGCUACCUAACGUACAACAUCAGAGUGGGCAGAGGGUAAAUAAAGAAUCUUUGAAAUGUGGCGUAUCUGCCCGUGAACAGACUUGUACUACAGAAGUGUACCCUAACCGUAAUACUAACCGUAAACCCAACCUUAACUCUGACCCUAAACAUACUUCACAUAAAAAUAUAAACAUAAUACUAAACAACCUAAAACUACCUCGGGUACAUAUCUGUAGUACCUGAUACGACAACGACCCCAUCUUCUAUACUAUGGAUUGUUACAAGCGCUAAUGCAUGGCACGGAGUGUGGGCCGUGUGCUUUUCGAUUACAUAAUGCGGCAGGCAGCUACAUUUCUAUCUGGAGGUGAACAUGUGUAUAUUGAUGUGUGAGUGUGAAUUAUCGUGUUCGCUAGUAAAAGUUUGCUUUUCCCAUAGGCAGUAAGGAGCUGCAAUGCCAAGUGUGUAUAAAAGAGGACGUGGAUUUGGUAUCGGUAGUUCUUCGGAAAUUGCUGAGCAAGAUGAGUCUGUUGAAAGUGAAAUUCUACGUCCUGGAUACGCCAGAGGAGAGGCAAGGGAAAAAAGUAGUUUUCUGGCGUGUGCCAGUCCUCAACGAGGAAAGCACGAGGACCGACGUAACGUUUUUUAACGAGAAAUUCGUCAACAAAUUUACGAAGAGUCGAUUCGUGCAAGUGGGCAACCCUGGAGUCAGAGACGACAAUUUCUCUCUGCACGAUCGGUCGACGGUGAUGAUUUGUGGCAAGUUUGAUGUGGAUAUGGAAGUGGUGAGAGAUUUUGCACAUGGGCCAAAGGUGACAAUUGACGAAGCGUUAAGGUCACCAAAGCGAAGACGUAUCAGCGUGUCCGGCAUAGUCAGUGAUGUUGUUGUAACGAAGGCGUUACCAAGUACGAGUAGUGAAACGCAGCAGCGAGCACAAUUUAACGUCUGCGAUGUUGCCGGCAGCCCUGUGAAGCUGCCCAUCAAAGUUUGGGGCAAGCGGGCUGUAGAGAUAGCAGUGAGUGACGGGGAUGAGGUCAACAUUGAAAACUUGGAGAUUGGCUUGUUCGGAUCACAAAAGGAAGCUACUUUUACCAAAAGUACCAAGAUACAGGUUACAUCAGUGUCCGUUGAAGGCGAACAACAGGGAAUACUCAGAGGAUUUGACAUUGAAGGUGACACUGUGACGGUCGAAAUCACAACCGGUACGUCAGCGAAGAUGUGGACAAUGAGUCUGGAAUUGUUCGACACGCUUGGAAGUGAAGAAGAUAUAAUUCAUGGGUUGGACACAAUGAAAGUGACGUUUACGGCCAGCAAGGGCCAGAUCGUCAAAAUCAGUACGAGUAGUGAAACGCAGCAGCGAGCACAAUUUAACGUCUGUGAUGUUGCCGGCAGCCCUGUGAAGCUGCCCAUCAAAGUUUGGGGCAAGCAGGCUGUAGAGAUAGCAGUGAGUGACGGGGAUGAGGUAAACAUUGAAAACUUGGAGAUUGGCAUGUUCGGAUCACAAAAGGAAGCUACUUUUACCAAAAGUACCAAGAUACAGGUUACAUCAGUGUCCGUUGAAGGGGAACAACAGGGAAUACUGAGAGGAUUUGACAUUGAAGGUGACACUGUGACGGUCGAAAUCACAACCGGUACGUCAGCUAAGAUGUGGACAAUGACUCUGGAAUUGUUCGACACGCUUGGAAGUGAACAAGAUAUAAUUCAUGGGUUGGACACCAUGGAAGUGACGUUUACGGCCAGCAAGGGCAAGAUCGUCAAAAUCAAAAUCUGAGAGUCGAGAGGAUGUGGCCUGAAAUCAACAACAGAGUCAACUACCCACUGAAAUCAGCCCUAGUUGAAAUGGUGGACAAAGAAGCACUAGAUCUCUCAGACCAAUGCAUCUCCAGUCUCACUCUGCAGGUGGCUAUAAUUGGUAUGGAGAGUUGCGUCAACACAUGGAACUGCCACAGAAUUUCAGGUACAAAUGUAAAAACAUUCUGCAUUGAGUAGAUUUGUUCAUUUAGUGCAUACAUGUACCAUAUCUAUGACAUACAUGGUGUACGAGUUAUAAUGUGAGAGGAUCUAGUAGUUAGACAGGUUUCAUUAUCACAUUAUCUUCCAGUCGAUUUGUGACGAUUUAAACACACCAUACGGUGUUCCUUCCACCAUUCAGGAUGCGGAAUCCCGAAUAGUAUGGCCGUAAACAAGAAGAAUACCACUGUGACACCAGUUGAUUUUCUGUGUGCGGAAACAGCUGCCCUGGCAUAUGCUGAAGAAGCUGGGUCAGUCCUGACAGAUCCAGGACCAUUUGCUCCCUCUCCAUUCACAUCUGUAGAGAGUCAACAGCUGAGUGAUGCUGCCUUUACUCGAUCUGUAUUCC